GUGUUGUCCAAUUCCUUGGAGGCUUGGACUCGGUCUUCGUCUGAUUGCAGUAGAUGGGACACAAUGGCUAUUACCUAUGCACUUGUUCCACUCUUUUUGGCCCCGAUCUUUCUACUUGAAAUUCUAAUGGCUGCUGCAGAUAUUCUUCAGUGCCUUUCUCUCCAUUCACACCCCUCUUUUCCAAUCUCUCAAGUCACCUACUUUCCCAACACAACUUCCUAUCCAUCCAUCUUAAACUCCUACAUCAGAAACCUCAGGUUCAUUUCCCCCAUCACCCCCAAACCCUCCUUCAUCAUCACCCCCACCCACCUCUCCCACAUUCAAGCUUCCAUUAUCUGCUGCAACCAAUUCUCUCUUCAGCUCAGAAUCAGAAGCGGAGGCCAUGACUACGACGGCCUCUCCUACGUUUCCCAGCUCCCAUUCAUUAUUCUCGACAUGUUCAUGCUCCAAUCUGUGGACAUCAACAUGGACGAUUGCACUGCUUGGGUUGAUUCUGGCGCCACAAUUGGUGAGCUUUACUAUAAGAUUUCUCAGACAAGCAAGGUUCAUGGCUUCCCGGCCGGUGUGUGCCCCACUGUGGGCGUUGGAGGCCACUUAAGCGGCGGCGGCUAUGGCAACUUGAUGAGAAGAUUUGGCCUCUCUGUUGAUCACAUUCUUGAUGCAAUCAUUGUGGAUGCUAAUGGAACAGUCUUGGAUAGGAAAUCAAUGGGGGAAGAUCUCUUUUGGGCUAUUCGAGGAGGCGGUGGAGCUAGCUUUGGUGUUAUCGUUUCAUGGAAAAUCAAGCUUGUUCCUGUGCCUGAGGUUGUAACUGUUUUCAGAGUUGAAAAGACAUUGGAACAAGGUGCUACUGAAAUUGUUCAUCAAUGGCAGCAUGUUGCCCAUAGAAUACACCAUGGUUUGUUCAUUAGAGUGGUUCUUAGUCCAGUGAAAAGAAAUGGGAAGAAAACAAUAAGGGCUAAGUUCAAUGCAUUGUUUCUUGGAGAUUCAGAAGAGCUUCUAGGGAUAAUGAAUGAGAAUUUUCCUGAACUUGGUUUGGUUGGUGAACAAUGCAUUGAAAUGAGUUGGAUCGAUUCGGUGCUGUUUUGGUAUAACUAUCCGGUGGGAACUUCAAGGGAAGCUUUGCUUCAAAGGGUGCCUGAAUCAGAGAAAUUCUUGAAGAGGAAAUCAGAUUAUGUGCAGAAGGCGAUGUCGAAAACGGAGCUUGAAAGCUUGUGGGAGAAGAUGAUGGAGCUAGAAAAGCCUGUUCUAACACUGAAUCCUUAUGGUGGGAGAAUGAGUGAGAUUUCUGAGGUGGAAACACCAUUUCCACACAGGGCUGGUAACCUAUAUAAGAUUCAGUAUUCUGUUAAUUGGAAAGAGGAGGGUAAUGAUGUUGCUAAUCAUCAUUUAGAUGCAAUUAGAAGGCUUUAUGAUUAUAUGACACCUUAUGUGUGCAAUUCACCUAGAAGUUCUUACUUGAACUAUAGAGAUGUUGACAUAGGUGUCAAUGGAGAUGGAAAUGUUGGUUAUGCAGAAGCUAGCAUUUGGGGUAGUAAGUAUUUCAAAGGAAACUUUGAUAGGUUGGUAGAGGUGAAAACCAUGGUAGAUCCGGGUAAUUUUUUCAGAUAUGAACAGAGCAUCCCAUCACUUGCAUCUUGGGAUAGUUUAAUGUCACAAUAGUAUAUAUCUUGUAUUAAGAUUCUAAUUUCUAAUGGAAUUGGUAGCAAAUGAAAAUGGCUAAUUUAAUUAAUACAAUAAGUCUCGAAAAA